GUGACCUGUACGCUCUCGUUUGCUGGCCCUCGCUUUAUACUCGUCGCCAUUCCCACUGGCCAGGUCAUCUACAAGUCUUUGCUAGGUAAAGCCCCGCCUCAUCUCAGUUCACUGGUCACCAUAGCAGCACCUACCCACAGCACGAGCUCCAGCAGGUAUGUUUCACUGGUCAUCCCCAAAGCCAAUUCCUCCUUUGGACGUCUUUCCUUCCAGUUCUCUGCUGCCAAUGACUGGAACGAACUGCAAAAAUCGCUGAAGCUGGAGACUCUCCCUCACUAACUUCAAGCACAAGCUGUCAGAGCAGCUCACAGAUAAUUGCACCUGUACAUAGCCCAUCUGUAAAUAGCCCAUCUAACUACCUCAUCCCCAUACUGUAUUUUUUAUUUUUUAUUUUGCUCCUUUCCACCCCGGUAUCUCUACUUGCACAUUCAUCUUCUGCACAUCUAUAACGCCAGUGUUUAAUUGCUAUAUCAUAAUUACCUCGCCACUAUGGCCUAUUUUAUUGCCUUACCUCCCUUAUCUUACCUCAUUUGCACACACUGUAUAUAUACUUGUUUCUUUUUUUCUACUGAAUUAUUGACUGUAUGUUUGUUUAUUCCAUGUGUAAACUCUGUGUUGUUGUAUGUGUCGAACUGCUUGGCCAGGUCGCAGUUGUAAAUUAGAACUUGUUCUCAACUAGCCUACCUGGUAAAAUAAAGGUGAAAAAAUGUAAACAAAAUAAAACAUUGGUGGGACAUCAAAAAGCCAAUUCAAAAUGCUACACUGGCUAAAAUGAUUAGGGGUGAGUCAUUGAAAAGAUUUGACCAUGGUCAAUGGUGGAUAAGUAAGAAGGGUUUUUGUUUUGCAUGGGAUACGUAUCCCCCAUAAACACAAACACUUAAGAGGGCAGGAACAGGAGAAGAAAAACGCCACCAAGUGCUGCAUGUUGAUUGGUCCAGGUGGUUGGAAGUGGGGACUGUUAAGAUUACGGGGUAAACUAAUGUUAAGGGGAUUAACAGUUGUGGCUAGGCGAUGUCAGGGUAGGGAAAUGUAUGCCACUCUUCUUCUCUUCAGCCUCGGGCUCCAUCUUACUCGUCCAUGUCGAGAUAGACCUCCUUACCUUCUCUGAGGAUGACAUUUGGCAAAAGGGAAUAUCGAAGGCACCGAAAUACAGAAAGAUGGUUCCAAAGCUUUCGGUUGACAAUGUGAAUGCUGCAGAUAUAGAGCUACAGGACGUGCUGUCUUUCGUGGCUAAGGCCACCGGCCAAAAGUACAGAAAUACCUCAGCUAAGCUGCUUAUGAGGUCCUCCAGAAAAUAGCUUGGCACCUUUCUACAUCCCCCAUCCAUCCCUCUUCCCCAUUGGUCCACAGCCAUUACCCUUUCUAAAAUUCACCUCUCCCUUCUGUCCUCCAAACCACUGUACCACUGGACCUAUUUGUCUCUUCUGGAUGAGAAGGACAGACUUUGACAGGAUACGUAGACAAAAUGGCGGUCUUAAAGGUGACGUUCACCAAGACCACUCGGGGCAAGCUAGCCCUGGUGUUGUGGGUCCUCAACUGGAUCUCUGUGUUAACGGGCAUCAUCCUCUUCAGCCUGGGCCUCUUCCUGAAGGUGGAGAUCCAGAAACGGAAGGAGCUGAUGUCCGCUGAUGUCCACUCAGUGCCCAACAUGCUCAUCGCCACGGGCCUGGUGGCCUGUGUCAUCAACUUCCUGGGCGGCAAGAUCUGCUACGAUUGCGUUGACACCACCAAGUUCCUGCGAUGGAAGUUGCUGAUGCUACCGUACAUCGUGUGCACCUUCCUCUUUACCUUCUGCAUCCUGGUGGGUGCGCUCAUGUGCUACAGCAUGAGGAACGAACUGGAGGAGUCACUAUUUCUGGGAUUGCGUAACGCCAUGCUCUACUACAAGGACACAGGCACGCCGGGACGAUGUUAUCUCAAGCGCACAGUGGAUUUGCUGCAAAUCCAAUUCCAGUGUUGCGGAAACGCCGGCUUCCGCGAUUGGUUCCAUGUCCAAUGGAUCAACAACCGCUGGUUGGACAUGACCCACAGUGAAGUAAGAGACCGUCUGAGGAGUAAUGUGGAGGGAAAGUACCUGAUGGACGGAGUGCCUUUUAGCUGCUGUAACACAUUCUCUCCACGACCCUGCAUCCAGACACAGGUCACCAACAACUCCGCCCACUACAACUAUGACUGGAAGACGGAGGAGCGCAACCUGUGGACGAGGGGCUGCCGCCAGGUCCUGCUGGAUCAUUACACCAACAUCAUGCAGUCCAUCGGCUUUAUUGUGCUCAUCAUCUGGUUGUUUGAGCUAUGGGUGCUGACGGGCGUGCGGUAUCUCCAGACAGCUAUGGAGAACCUUCUACGGCAGGGUGACCCUGACCUGGAGUCUGACGGCUGGCUCCUGGAGAACAGCAUUGCCCAGACGGCCCGCUCUAACUUCAAAAUCAUCAAGAACCUAGGCAAGUGCUACCAGGUGGACGAUGAUCCUAACAUCGAUGUGCCCAGCACCGCUCAGCAAGAGGUGUCCACUUGCCAGAUCCCUGUGGCUAGAUAGCAUAGCGCAGCGUCCCUGGUCCAGGGCUGAGGCACGCAAACGGGCAUCAAGUCCCAUUGUCAUUAGGUGUAAGCCUUUUGGAUGGCAGACCUGUCUCCAGAUUAAACAUGCGACAGCUGUGAACUGAGGGAUCAAAAGGUGAAAGUGGCAAGUGUAGCAGGGCACCACAAAGACACACAAACAGGAUCAAGGACAGCCUAUGCAGAGCGUGUUCUAAAGAAUGACCUGCUUUGUCACAUGAUUCUGUAACACCUGCAUCAUCUUUAACAGUGUAAGAAUAUGAACUGGCUCUGCAACUUUGUCAUUGUGCCAUACUUAAGUCAUUAAACUGAAAGGGGAGCAGGGGCAAAGUUGAAACGGGGUUGAACUCGUGUACAACCCAGUACUACAACCCCAUAGACAUAACGGGACAUGGAACGGUCUGAGUGAAAGAUGAUGUCAUAAUGAGCCAUAUAUGUCAUGGGCAACAAUUAUGCCAACAAGGCAGUGGAGGCUGCUGACGGGAGGACAGCUCAUAAUAAUGGGCGGAAAGGAGCAAAUGGAAUGGCAUCAAACAUGUAUUUGAUACCAUUCCACCUAUUCCGCGCCAGCCAUUACCACGAGCCCAUCCACACCCAAUUAAGGUGCCACCGACCUCCUGUGCAAGAAAGUGAUGGACAUAAACUGUUUAACAAAUUGUAUAAAGGGAAAUGGAAACAGCAAACUUGAAUUGCCUUCUACAGUUUCUUCAACUCAGUCUCCUGUAUGUAACUUUUUUUGUAUUAUGGGUUACUUAAGCAAUAAGGACCAAGGGGGUGUGAUAUAUAGCCAAUAUACCACGGCUAAGUGCUGUUCUUGGGCAUGACGCAAAGUGCUAGGAAACAGCCCAUAGCCAUGGGAAUAUUGGACAUAUAUCACAAACCCCCAAGGUGCCUUAUUGCUAUUAUAAACUGGUUACCAGCGUAAUUAGAGCAGUAAAAAUACCCAUGGUACACAGUCUGAUAUAGCAUGGCUGUCAGCCAAUCAGCAUUCAGGGCUCGACCCACCCAGUUUAUAAUAUAGAAUAGAUGCAUGGGAUAUAGAACUGUAAGGCAGAUGGUUCAAAUAGAGCUGGAAGAGGAGGGCCAGUCCCUUAUAUUUCUGAUGAAAAGGUGACAUGGACAAACUGGACUCUUUCAGGAAGAUGAUAUUCCACAGAUGAUUUCAUUUAACGUGUUUUAUUGAGCCACACUCCCUCAACCGUUUGAAAUGACUUGGUCGGACAUCUAGACUGGUCGGACAUCUAGACUGGUCGGACAUCUAGACUGGUCGGACAUCUAGACUGGUCGGACAUCGCCUGAACGGUUUCUGCUGUCUGUUUGACUGGCUGUGACUAUAGGCAACGCAUUUAUCUUUCUCUUGUGCCUCUGCCCACACAAGAUAUUAAGGGCAGCCUUAAUAAAACACAAGAGUUUUAACACAACUUGAGAAUAUUUGAUCCCAUGUUUUCUUUUGCAGGGACCUUUCAUAACUGAGAAAUAACCAAGUAAGCACAACUCAUUUGCUUAGGAAUGUGUUGUCAGGUUAUCAGGCUCACACCAUCAAUGAGAUUUGGACAGGUUCAUUGUCUAGAAAUGUGAAAAUUCAGUAAUUAUGUCAUGAUAGUGGACAGUUAAGUUGAAUAGAAAACAUGAGCUGGCACACACCCAGUGAAAAUUGUUUUAUGUAGAGGUGAUGACUAACUGUCACGUUCUGACCUUAGUUCUUUUGUUAUGUCCUUGUUUUAGUAUGGUCAGGGCGUGAGUUGGGUGGGUUGUCUAUGUUUGUUUUUCUAUGAGUUGGUAUUUCUGUGUUUGGCCUGGUAUGGUUCUCAAUCAGAGGCAGCUGUCAAUCGUUGUCCCUGAUUGAAAACCAUACUUAGGCAGCCUGUUUUCACCCUUGAUUUGUGGGUGAUUAUUUUAUGUGUCUGUGUGUUCCACACGGAACUGUUUCGGUUUUUGUUAUUUCACAUUGAUAUUUUGUAUUUUUCUGUGUUCUAUUAAAAGAAUCAUGAACACUUA